AUGUGUCAGCGUUUAGCUUCCGGGUGUGUUGCACCGUUGUAAAACAGACCGCAAAGAGCCGCUGGAAGGGCAACCACCGAGAAAAGACCCGGAGGACGACUCUGUUGAAUAAAAUGAUGCUGUCCGAGGUGGUGCAGGUGCUGCGUGGGGCCAGCAAGGUGGGCUCGGCCCUGGUCAGCACCCAGGGGGAGCAGCUCCGGCUGAUGGCCUGCAACUCCUCCGUGGGCGCAGGAGUCAAAGCCGCUCAGGAUGUGGCCGAAGGGCUGGCGGCCACUUUUAUGGCCAGCACCAGCAAUCAGUCCCCAAAGGAAGACGUGUUUCCGGAUGCAGAGGGCUGGGAGAAUAUGGACCCCGAUGAAUCGGCCAAAUGGGCGGUGGGGUCCGAGUUCCCGCCUGGAAGUGCAGAGCAAAGCCCCGGAGGAGCGGGACCGGCUGCAGGGAUGCACACAGGCACGGCGCCAGGCGGAGCCGGCUGGUCGGGACAGAACCCUCGCUUCCUGCACACCCUCCGCGGCCGUCAGCUCUUCUACUGCCAGAGCCGGUCCGUCCACGACACGGUGGUGGCCAAGCUCACGCCGGAGGACAUGAAGAAAGCCAGGGAGGCCAAACAGGCGCUGGUGAAACCAGUCAGACAGAAGCUGUCUGAGCGUGCCAAGGAGAGGAAGGUCCCCUCCACAAGAAUCAGCCGGCUCGUUAAUUUUGGUGGGCUGGCUGUCGGACUGGGCAUCGGCGCCAUCGCAGAGGUGGCCAAACAGUCACUAGGAGGGAAACCAAAAGGAGACAUGAGCGCCCUGAUGGACUCGCCCUUCCUGUCCGAGGCCAACGCCGAGAGGAUCGUCAACACGCUGUGCAAGGUCCGCGGAGCAGCUCUGAAGAUCGGCCAGAUGCUCAGCAUACAAGACAACUCCUUCAUCAACCCCCAGCUGCAGAAGAUCUUUGAGAGAGUGCGGCAGAGCGCAGACUUCAUGCCCACGUGGCAGAUGAACAAAGUCCUGGAGCAGGAGCUCGGGCCGGGAUGGAAAGAGAAGCUCUCGUCGUUCGAGGACAAGCCGUUCGCCGCGGCUUCCAUCGGGCAGGUGCAUCAUGGGGUGUUGAAGGAUGGAAGAGAGAUUGCCAUGAAGAUCCAGUACCCUGGAGUAGCAGAGAGCAUCCAGAGUGACAUAGACAACCUGAUGUCUGUGCUGAAGAUGAGUGUGGCGCUGCCUGAAGGUCUGUUUGCAGACAGCAGCUUGGAAGUUCUCCAGAGGGAGCUGGCGUGGGAGUGCGACUACAAGAGGGAAGCAGAGUGCGCCAAGAAGUUCAGGGCACUGCUGGAGGGAGACCCGUACUUCCAGGUCCCAGAGGUGAUCGAGGAGUUGUCCGCACGCAGGGUGUUAUCCAUGGAGCUGGUGCAGGGAGUUCCUCUGGAUCGCUGCGUCGACCUGGACCAGGAAAUAAGGAACCAGAUCUGCUACAACAUCCUGCAGCUGUGUCUGAGGGAGCUAUUUGAGUUCAGGUUCAUGCAGACUGAUCCAAACUGGGCCAACUUUUUUUACAACUCCGAAACCAACAAGGUCGUCCUCCUAGACUUUGGAGCGUGCAGAGGUUACCCAGAAACAUUCACAGAUGACUACAUACAGGUGGUUUAUGCAGCCUCUGUUGGCGAUCGGGACACUGUUCUCUCCAAAUCCAAGGACCUGAAGUUCCUGACAGGCUUUGAAACCAAGGCCUUUAAGGAUGCCCACGUCGAGGCGGUGAUGAUCCUCGGCGAAGCCUUCGCGUCCUCCGAGCCCUUCGACUUCGGCGCACAGAGCACCACGCAGCGCAUCCAGGACCUCUUCCCCGUCAUGCUGCGCCAUCGCCUCACUCCUCCCCCCGAGGAGACCUACUCUCUCCACCGCAAGAUGGCCGGCUCCUUCCUGAUCUGCUCCAAACUGAAGGCCACAAUACCCUGCAAGGACAUGUUCCUGGACGUGUACAACGCCUACAUGCUGAGGAGGGAGGCGGAGAGGAGGGCGCAGGCCAGCGCCUAGACGGGCCGAGGGACGAUCACACCCGCCGUUAAUAAGCAAGGAGUCGGGCGGGUGGAGACACGGGACUGUACUCUGUCUUCUGGAUCUUCACGAUUGUGGAGAUGCAACGUGAGAAGUCUAGCUGAGGUGAAGCUAAACUCCUGUAGAGACAAUAAUAUAAAGAGAAACUGAUAAUGUCCUUUUUGAAUUAUUGUAAAAAAUUAAGAUAAAGAUUAAUUUUGAGGCCUGACUGCCUGUCACUGGUUAACUGGAUUUUUCAAUUAUAUUUGUGCACAUACACUAACACCACUCCACAAAUCCUUUGGUCAUGUAACGUCUUUGUAUUUUUUUGGCUUCAGUGACAAAAGAAGCAACAUUUAAAAUCACUUGACAGCAAGGUCAGUCAUAUUUCAGAAAAACAACAACAACAACAACGUGCCUGCAAAUAAUAGUCCCGGCAGAGGAUAUCUGGGCUUUUCUCUGUUGGAGGAUGGGUCUGUGAACAAAGCAUUCACCUAAAUGUGAUGCCCGCUAGACUAAACGAGCAGAUUAUCGGAGGAAUUAGACAGCCUAAUGGAACCCUGCAGUAUAAUGGCCUUGCUUUAUAAAGUGUACUUGACAUAAAACUUGUGUGCUUAUUUGGAACGCAUCAGUGUGUCUGGGGGAAAAAUGUAUAGUUUCCUCGCAUACUUGCUUUUGUAUCAAUAAAAUGUAAGGGUUUCA